AUGGCAUUGCUCGCGUGCAUUAUGACACGGUCACGUGAAUACGAGACCAGUGUUCAGCAGCGGACUCUCUCCCUCAGAAUCUCACAAUCUCCGCCUUUGAGUUUUGAAAUUUGGCAAGUUCUCUUAGCAGCAGCUGCCGCAGCAGGAUCUGGGAUUUUAGCCAAGAAAUUCAUGAACCCCGAUGAACCCAUUUCUGAUUCCAAACAAAAUCCUCAAAACUCUGAUAAAAUCCAAGAUUAUCAAAGUUUUAGUGAACAUUUACACACCCAAGAUUCAGUGUUUCCCAGCAAUGCCCCCGUCCAAGAAAAUGGAAAUGAAUCUCAGAGUGAGGUGGUAGAUAAUGGUGGAUCAAUCUUCAGGUUUUCAAGUCACGAAUCAGAGUUUAAGAACUUGAUGAAGAAAAUGGGGGGUGGAUUUAAGAAAAUUGGUGGUGGGAAAAUGGAGAGAAGAUGCGGGUCUGUGGGUCAGAGGAAGAAUUGGAGCGGAAAAAGAUUUUCUGUUUGCUUGAAGAAGAGAAGAACGGGAAAAAAUGCUCCAGGAAAAUGUGAAUCCUGUGCUUCAAAAGACGGUUCCUUUGGCUGGGGAAUUGGUGUUGGAAUAAUGUACAUGAUGUCAAGUGGAAAGCCUGAAAUCAUUAGGCUGAACUCGGCAAUGGAUGAGACUACAAAAGUUGUACAAGAAUUAAAAGCUGAAAUAUCUAGAAGGAAAGCCUCCCGUCAUCUGCAUUAUUCAAUUUCUCAGAACGAAGCUGCAACAAAUAAAAUACAUAUUGAUGGAAGUUACAGUGGACGAUUAUUGACUAACGGCAGGGAUAUUGUCAAAGCAUUUCCUUUAACCGCGGAAGGUGAAGGUGCAAGUUUGGAUCUAAAGGAAGACCAAGACCAGCAGCCCGAGGUGCUGGAAAUGGAUCAGCUGGAAGCAGAGCUCGAGUCUGAACUGCAAAAACUUCCUUGGUGUACCACAGAAGGUUCGGGUGAAGGACGAACAGAUAUUUAUUAUGCUGAAGUGUUGGCUGAAGAAUAUCUCCAAGCAGAUUACCAGAACUCAAAUCCAAUGCAAUUCAAUGGAGUAGUGCCAUCUGAACUGGAUACAAAAUUGUCUCAUUUGCUCAUUGAACAACAGAAAAGCCAAAUAGUCGAGCUGGAGACUGAGCUGCACUCGACACAUUCUAAACUCCAAGAGAAAGAAGCUGAGCUCCAAGCACUCAAGGAUUGUGUCAAGCGUCUCACAGAAUUUUCACUAGAUGACGAGACUAAUGGCCAAGUGGAGGAUGAGAAAACUAUUUACGAGGAACAAGAGAUGACUGGACUUGAGUCGAGAAAAUUAAUGGUUGGAAUGAAAAGAGCAAUGGACUAUGAUUCAUACAAUUGUUGCACAAAAUGAAACUGUUACCUCGACAAGCAAUUCUGCAAUCGAGAAGAUAAGUAACUGAAAGCAUUGGAUGCCCAAGGUUAUAUAAUUUCUUUUGGAAGACCUUUAUAAAAAGAUUAUAUCAUGCCUCUGCAUUCAUGUUACCUUUUCUUGCCACCCCACCCCCAUCUAACAUUAUGUAUAUUGAAGUCUAUAGUUCAUAUCAUAACAGUACUAUAUUAACAUAUUCUAGAGCUUUUAACUCUCAUCUUCAGUUCCUGAUAUUAUGAUAUUUUGAAAAUGAGAAAAUCAGACAGCACAGUAUUGACUAAA